AUGAAAUAUCGCCCGACCAAUUGGGAUGAAAUACAAAAUGCCUAUUGCGCCGAAGUCCAAGCUGACGAAGAUGACCUAAAUGGACCAACCCAUCAGCUAACCUCAGUACAAGCCGAGUCUAGAAAGGAUCGGAGAAACGACAACAGAAGGGAUCUAUCAGGUUCACGACCCAACCGGAAAAGACAUCAACCAUAUGUCAGAGGCGCUAUCAUAGUGCCUUCCCGCCACGACGAAGGCCCAUCUAGGCCAAGAACAGGGACUCACCGAAACGAGAGAGCUCGGCCCAAAAGUGAAGUGGCCACAGAAGAUGAGGUCCGACCCGAACACCAGGAAGUCAAACGCCCUCUGCGAAUCCACCAGGAACGAGGUCAUAAAACCAAGGACUGUAUCGCUCUAAGAAAAGAAGUCGUGAACAUGCUUCACCAAGGGCACUUGAAAGGGCUGUUGAGCCACCGAGGAAGAGCCAAUUUUGCUCGAGGACGUGAACAGCACCAGGGCCCACCAAAACUACCUUCUCCAACUCGAGCCAUUCAAAUGAUCAUCGGAGGGGGUGAUGACGCAUCAAUCAACAACGUAAAAUUCACCACCACCCACCAACUCAAACGGUCGAUCACUCAUGAACGGUACGACGAACUCGAAGAAAGUAUCAUCUUUGAUAAGUCAGAUACCCACAGUUUGGUUUUUCCUCACUAUGAUGCUCUUGUUUUCACAUUACGCAUAUUAGGUACAGAUGUGAGACGAACUAUGGUGGACGAUGGGAACGGCGCAUGA